UCCCACAGAUAACACACCAAGAGCCCUCCCAAGAAAAGAAGAGUUUUUUUCAGCACAAUAUAUGGCGAACCAUCUUUUGUCAUUCUUCUUGUGGUUCUUCCUUUUCUUCUUUUCAGGCUCUUCUUUUUCAGAGGCUCAAAGUGUGCCGGCCAUUUUUUUCAUCGGAGACUCCCUGUUGGAUGUAGGCAACAACAAUUACCUUCCCGUUUCUUAUGCUAAAGCAAAUUUCCCACGCAACGGCAUUGAUUUCCCCACCAAAGAAGCCACCGGACGGUUCUCCAAUGGCAAGAACGCAGCAGAUUUUGCAUCUGAGAAAUUUGGUUUACCGACUUCACCACCCUUUCUGGCACUGGUAGAAAAGAACGAUGCCUCCUUCGAUGCCGGCGUUAGCUUCGCGUCCGGGGGUGCCGGAAUCCUUAAUAGCACCGAUCCUACUUUUAGACUACACAUGUAUGGCGCACGCAAAUUUCUUUUUACCGGGGUUCCGGUGAUUGGAUGCGUUCCUGAAGAAAGGGUCAAGAAUGAAACCGGAGACUGCAAUCAAGAAAAAAACUUCUGGGCCACCAAGUACAAUGAAGGACUGGUGCCAAUGUUGAGAGGGUUGAAAUCAGAGCUUCAGGGCAUGAACUAUACAUACUUUGACACCUACUCUUUCAUGCAAAAAAUCAUCGAAAACCCAUCUACUUACGGAUUCAGUGAGAUUAAGUCUGCUUGCUGUGGGCUUGGGACCCUUAAAGCGGUUGUCCCCUGUUUGCCCGUUGCAGACUAUUGUCCUAACAGGACAGAUCAUUUGUUCUGGGAUCUAUACCAUCCAACAGAAACAGCUUAUCGGAUUUUAGCUGAUGCAGUUUAUGACGGUUCAUCUGAGUAUACAUUUCCGAUAAAUUUGAGGCAGCUGGCUUCUGCGCCCUGAGGCUGGAUUAUAGAAAAGCAGGAGGCAUUGUCUUGGGUAAAAUGUCCCACAAAGCAUUUGUAUC